CAUGUACAAGGGCAGAAGCACGUCCUUCCUCUGCACUUGAGAAACAGCCAAGCUGGUCUGUCUGGAAAACUGAAGACUUUUAUAACAAAACCUCCAGUGGCAAAAUGAAUACAGAUAGCGGUGGCUGUGCUCGCAAACGUGCUGCAAUGUCUGUCACAUUAACAGCUGUGAAGAGAGUUCAGAGUUCUCCAAACCUAUUGGCUGCAGGACCUGAUUCUCAGUCUCCAGAUUCAGCUUGGACAUCUUACAAUGAUGGAAGUAGAGAGACAUUGAAUGGAGAUGCUAGUAGUUCAUCUCUUGCAGCAAAAGGCUUUAGAAGUGUCCGGCCAAACCUACAAGAAAAGAAGUCGCCAACUCAGGCACCUCUGCCACCCCCUAGAAAAGAAAGUUUUCAUAGAUCUGGAAUAACUAAUCACAUGAAGGAUGAAAUUAAUUUCCAGUCAAUAACGACUAAGCCAACUAAAAAACUCUCCUCAGAUACUGUCUGCUGUACUAACGAGGAGGCUAUCCAGAGGACAAUGUAUUCUAAAAAAUCUAACACAGGCAUCUCCUAUGCACAAAGAAUUACUAAACCACUGGCCUCAGUCUCCAACACAAGCACAAAAGCAGUAGCUGGCAUUAGAGCUACUCUUCAUCAAGGCCACAGACAAGCAUCUAAAAAACGCAGAGUUUCUACCCUGAAAUUAACCCAGACACAAGACUCACUGAGUAGUGUUCCUCAUAAUACACAGCAGCAGCCCAAGUCUAAUGAAGAACCAACAUUUUCACAAAGGCCUGUUUCACCCACCUGUAACCCUGUGCCUGAGAUACACACAGCAUCUCUUUCCAUUCAGAUAGCUCCCCUCCUUGAGAAUAAAGCAGAGCCUGAAAUCCAAGAACAUCCACCUAGGCUUUUUCCAGACAAUCCACAGAUGCCUCCAAAAGAUGUGGGACAAAAGUCUACAGCUCCUUCAUCUGCACAGUCCACAGAAUGCAGUGUGCUUGGAAACCAGAAAAUAACUGCCAAUGUGAUGGAGGUAAAUGCUUCACAGACACACAGACAAACAGCAACAGAAGUUUCUUCACUGCCUCCUCCUUCCGUGGUACCAGUUAACAGAACCUCUUUCUCACCAGACAGUGGCACCCACCUAGCAUCAUUUAUUUUGCCAACGCUUGAUGAUUUUUUGCCUUCACGCUUUUAUAAAACCCUGGCCCUCUCACGUUUUUCAUAUAAAUACCCUUUCCUAGCUCCUGAAAAUACUAUCCACAGGAACGAAACAGCCUCUGUAAUCACAGACUCUGCCAUGAGUGAGUACUCCUCUCGCACAGUGAGUGAGUCCUCCACAGCCAUUCUAGAUGAGCUGCAGACUUGUAACUAUGAUACUACUGACUGUUCUGAAACACCUUCCCCAACCUUGAGCCAGAUGUCUGCUGUGUCAAAUGGCACCACCUUAACCACCACUGCUGCCACUUCUCAUGCCCAGAUAACAGUGAAUGGGAACUCUGGCACUGCUGCCAGUCCAAUGAGUCACUUUCAAAGGCCUUUUUCCCCUUCUUCAGCUUACUCUCCACCAGCUUCACUCAAUUCAAACAUUAUCAUGCAGCAUGGCAAGAAGAUGGAUUCCACAGAGACAUACUCACAGUAUGGUCAGUCUGUUGGCAGCAGCACCAUUCCCAGUACAAUACCAAUCUGUAGAUCUUCAGAGGAAGAGAAGAAAGUCACAGUCAUUAGAGCACCACAUUAUGCAGGGAUUGGCCCAGUAGAUGAAUCUGGAAUCCCAACAGCAAUUAGAACGACAGUUGACCGGCCAAAGGAUUGGUAUAAGACAAUGUUCAAGCAAAUCCAUAUGGUUCACAAGCCUGAUGACGGCACAGACAUGUAUAAUGCUGCAUAUGCAUAUAAUACUGGUAGUUACAGCCCAUCCCUCCCCGCUCAGUCACACCCUGCUGCAAAGACACAGACAUACAGACCAUUGUCUAAAAGCAUUUCUGACAAUGGCACUGAUGCCUUUAAGGUCUCUUCCCCGAUACCUCCUCCACAUGUACCACCUCCAGUCCCACCACUUCGUCCAAGAGAGAGGUCUACAUCCGAAAAAAAUGACUGGGAUCCUCCUGACAGAAAAGUAGAUACCCGCAAAUUCCGUUCUGAACCAAGAAGUAUUUUUGAAUACGAGCCGGGGAAAUCAUCAAUUCUUGAACAUGAAAGACCGACUGAUCACAUAAACCCAGAUGACAUAGAUUUAGAAAAUGAACCCUGGUAUAAAUUCUUUUCAGAACUGGAGUUUGGAUGUCCGCCUCCUAAAAAGCUUUUGGACUAUGUUCAAGACAAUUCUCCCGGUGUUUCCAAUGAGACCUCCUUAUAUCACCCUUCUCCAGACAAAGGCCUGGACAGACCUUCUAGUUCUGCAAGUGACUACAGAAAAAGGAGGAAGUCGGAGCCUGCUGUAAGUCAUCAGAGAGUGCACAGUGAUCAAAAUGCAAACAGGACUAGCCUGGGCCAUGCAGAUAUGCAGGGCACAUACACUACUCUUAGAAAGCCUUUAACUAGCUCUUCUCCUUCUUCUCCAUCAAGAGCAAAAGGUGGAGAUAUUAGUCAAGUGUAUCCAUCCCUUUUCAGUUAUUCAGUGCACAACCACAACACUUCAAAUGAAUUAGAUUAUUGUAGCUCUUAUAGACAGCAUUUGGCUGUUCCAAGUGAUUCAAGAAGGGCAAACCAUUAUAAGAAUGGCUGGCAAAUGACUCGUCAGAAUGCAGAAGUCUGGAGCAGCACAGAAGAAACUGCCUCUCCCAAGCAGAAAUCUCGUAGCUGCGAUGAUCUGUUAACAGAUGAUCAUGAUAGCUUUCCUGAUGCACAGGCCAAGUCUGAAAGUAUGGUAUCUCUCAUUUGCGAGGAGGAUUCCAAAGGCAGUUGCUCAUUGACCUGGGCCUCCCCAUAUGUUCCUGAGAGCCGCAGUGCUAGUCGGUCAAGAAUUCGUCAUAGAUCUGCACAUGAUACCCCAGGAUUCCUAAAAAUGUACAAGAAGAUGCACCGCAUCAAUCGCAAGGACUUGAUGAAUUCUGAGGUGAUUUGUUCUGUAAAGUCCAGAAUAUUACAGUAUGAAAAAGAACAGCACAAAGGUAUGCUUCAGGGCUGGAGAGAGUCUUCUACUGAAGAGGUGCCCAGGGACAUGGUACCUACGAGGAUAUCCGAAUUUGAAAAAUUAAUUCAAAAAUCAAAAUCAAUGCCGAAUUUAGGUGAUGAAGCAUUAUCAACAGUAACACUAGAGCCUCCUAAAAAUGGCUUAUGUUCAAAUCGGCGAUUUUCUAUCGAGUCCCUGCUGGAGGAGGAAAAUCAAGGUAGACAUGCCAUUCAAGUACAACGGAACUGCAAGCCUAAAACUCUGGUGCCAAUUCAUAUUGAAGUGACCAGUGAUGAACCACAAAGAUCGCAUCUGGAGUUUUCUGACAGUGAUCAAGAUGGAGUGGUCUCUGACCUCAGUGACUUUAUCCAGAUAGAAGGCUCAUCCUUUUGUAGUGAAAGUGACUUUGACCACUUUUCCUUUACAUCUUCUGAGAGUUUUUAUGGAUCAGGCCACCAUCACCAUCAUCACCAUCAUCACCACCAUCACCACAAGCAUCUCAUCAGCACCUGCAAGGGGCGAUGCCCAGCAUCCUACACCCGCUUCACCACCAUGUUAAAGCAUGAAAGGGCUAAACAGGAAAAUACUGAAGAUCCAAGGAGACAAGAAGCAGAAUCUGGCCUCUCUAAGAUAGCAUUCCUAGUCAGUCCAGUGCCUUUCCGGAGGAAAAAAAGUUCAGCCCCUAAAAAACAGACUGAGAAGACUAAAUGCAAAUCAUCUGUGUUCCAGGCACUAGAUUCUGCUCUUAAAGAUAUCUGUGACCAAAUUAAAGCAGAAAAGAGAAGGGGAAGCUUGCCUGACAACAGUAUAUUACACAAACUUAUUACUGAAUUGCUUCCAGAUAUACCCGAAAGGAAUUCGUCUCUUAAAGCUCUUAGAAAAAGUCCCAUGCACCAGCCUUUUCAUCCACUGCCUCAAGAUGGUGCCAUUCAUUGUCCACUGUACCAAAAUGAAUGUGGAAGACUACCUCUUAGUGCCUCUUUUCAGGACAUGGAUACAACCAACAACAACAAGCAAGACAAUGAUAGUGCACUGUGUUUCCAAGUAGACCAGGAGUCUCCUGGGAGCUAUUCUUCUGCUUUGACUGAUGUGGGUCGAGGUACUCCACGGGAGAGAAGAGGAAUUCCAGACAGAGAGAGGCUGCCAGCUCGAGCUGUAUAUGACUUUAAGGCUCAGACCCCUAAGGAACUGUCCUUUAAGAAAGGAGAUACUGUCUAUAUCCUCAGGAAAAUAGAUCAAAACUGGUAUGAGGGAGAGCACUAUGGAAGAGUUGGAAUUUUCCCAAUUUCUUAUGUUGAGAAACUUUCUCCCCCAGAAAAAGCACAGCCUGCCAGGCCACCUCCUCCAGCACAAGUUGGAGAGAUUGGAGAAGCUAUUGCCAAAUAUAAUUUCAGUGCAGACACAAAUGUGGAACUAUCAUUGAGAAAGGGAGACAGAGUAAUUCUUCUUAAGCGAGUUGAUCAAAACUGGUAUGAAGGUAAAAUACCAGGAACCAACAGACAAGGCAUCUUCCCUGUUUCCUAUGUAGAAGUCAUCAAAAAGAAUGCAUCAAAAGGUGCUGGUGACUACCCUGAUCCUCCAAUACCCCAAAGCUAUUCUAGUGAUAGAAUACACCAUUUAAGUUCAACGAAGUUGGCUUCCAAAGCAUCAUCCCCACCUCCCAGAUAUCAUUCCUCUCCUUGGCCAGAUUCUAAUAAAGGGAAUCUCCAGGCUAUCACCAAUGAAUGGUUGUCACUGACUGUUGGUUUUCCACCGUCAAGCAUGCCUGCCCCAACUCCUCCACCUUUUCCUGACAGCUUUCAUUGUGAUCUAGAGGAACUCAACUCUUUGGCAUUAACAGCAUCCCAGUCUAUACCAAUGUCCCCUGCUAAUAUCACUUGCCAAGUUAAGGAUGAUCAUUUUAUUCCAUUUAUGUCACCAAAGACCUCUCUCAGGUCUUCUGAAUCUCUUCUUCAGCCCUUCCCUGCAUGUACUUUUGUAUCACUUCCUCCAACAAUCCAAUUUCAGGACACAGCACAUAAGCCCAUAACAAAUGGUAUCAAAAUGAAUGAAAGAAAAUAUAAAGAUCUGAAAGAGAUUAUUGGAUCUCCAACUGUUAAAGAAACCAGAAGCUUAUCAGAUACUACAAAAGCACAUGGAACCAUGAGCACUGCUUUUGCUGUCUCUGAGCCUUCUAAAUGUGGCUCCCUACCCAGAAUGCUAGCAGCAACUGAUGAACAGGAAGAGGAAAUCUGUGAGGAGCACCUGUCAAUAAUCCAAGAGGGUCAGCCAAAAUGUCAAGAUUCAUAUUUCUACAGAUGUGCACCUGAUAUAACAGAACAAAUGCCAGGACUGUAUAUAGAGGAGACACUGAGACAUGACAGAAUAAAAUCUCCAAUAGUAAUUAAAAGCGAGCCUAUGAUACCGUAUGGACACCGUUCAUCAAGUAUCAAUAAAGAGCCAGCCCCACUUUCCUCUGGGACACAAGGGCCUUCUGCUUCUCCUUCUCAUCUUCCUUCUAGUCCUCCAUUUCACUCUGCCAAGGCACCUCCCUCUCAGUCUGUCUCCACAUCUUCCCAGUCUGCUGUUCCCCAUUCACCUCCUCUCCUUUCCAAACUGUCAUACCGACAGGAGAUAAACUCACCAAAGUUAAAGGCUGAUUUAAAAAGAGAGAUAUUUGUUAUGGGUAAACCUCCUCGUAGCCCUGUGAUGACUAAGAGAUCCUGCAACUCACCUGUCAGAGGUCACAGCUAUUCACACAGGCCACAGCGCCCUGUGUUUGCUCAUGAAAACAUACACAGUGGGGGGGAACCGUUUCAGGCUCUAUAUAACUAUACUCCUAGGAACGAAGAUGAACUGGAGCUCAGAGAGGGAGAUAUCAUUGAUGUGAUGGAAAAGUGUGAUGAUGGAUGGUUUGUGGGAACCUCAAGAAGAACCAAAUUCUUUGGUACUUUCCCUGGAAACUAUGUCAAGAAGCUGUGAAUUUUUUCCCCUACUUAUUUAUGCAUCUCUGCAACAUAUCUGCAUAAAGCUGCUAGAAAACAUGCUACAACAGGCCUUCUGUUUUCUUGCUUUGCAGUCUCAAAUAAAGGUCAUCUAGUUCAUCAUCAUCCCCAUCCUCAUCUGCCAAACCGUUCCAGCAGUAUUACAGCAACGACUACAGUGUAUGAAUAACUAAGCUUUUAUGAAACAAGAGGAAUCGUUUCAACAUUUAAGUACUUUUUCCUACUUAAGUCAUCCCGUCCCCCCCCCCUCCCGGCCCCCAUUAGCAACAAAGGAAUAGGAAAACCUUGAUGGAAGGUACACAGGUGCCUAACCAUGAGAAAAUCUGCAUUGUUUGGGACAUUUGUGAUACUAGCAUUAAAUGCUAUGCAAAAAUUUGAUUCUUAGCUUCCACCUGGUACAAAGAGAAAGUUGUUUACUUUUUAAAAAAAUAAAAAGUUGUGUCCACAUUCUUUUUAGGUUGGCAACUUAUGUUGCUUUCACUCUGCUGUAUCACAAGUUUGCCUAUUCUCCUGGUUUACGAUAUAUGACAAUUAUUAUAUAGAUUUUUUUUUUGCCUGCACUUAUAUGUUGUAACAUAUGCACAGCAAUUGUAAAAUGUCAAGCAAGAGUAGUUAAAAUGGAGAAACUGCAAGUGUGUUGGAUGGGUGUGAUUGUAUUGGUUAAAUCUUAUUUUUUCCAAAUAAGCUAUAGUGCUUUCUGUUAAAACUAAAGAAGUGCAAGAGGCAUGAAAUCUAGAGAGUUUGUGGAUAAUGAUGAGACAAUGAGCUAUCAAGAUAGACAACAAUAGCGAUCUACUGAUGUCUAACAUUACAUGGCUAUAUCUAAAUUUGUUGUAAUAAUCAGCAACAUGAAAUUUGAGAGGUUAGUGUUUUUAUUUAUCAGAUGAAGCUUACAAAACAAUAAACAGUGUUAGUGCAACAUUGUAUUCUAACAUAGCCACCUGAAAAAAUAUGCACAGAUGUACUGAUUUUAUUUCACUAGAUAUAUAUGUAUAUGUUAACAAAAUCUGAUUUCUUGUUUAGGAAUAUAGUACACACAAAAACCAAGUCACAGCUAUUAAAACUGAUACAUUUUAGUAUUUUUUUCUGAAUGAAACAAAUAUCUGAACACACCAUUCUUUUUCCUUAUGCGAAGGUAAGCAAAAAUAAUAUAUGAAAUUACAAGACAGGAUGAUAAUUGUGGCUUUAUACAAAACAAUUUAAAUUUGGUUUCUUCAGCACCUUAUAGAUGGUAAAGGCUUCUAUUGCAUUUUUCUGGUGAUAAAGGGUUGAUCUUAUCACUAUGUAAGUAGUCUCCAGCAUUUUGUACUUUUUUGUACAGAACCAUUUUGGUGUUGAUUUAAAAAAAAAAAAAUCAAAGUUCUUCAUUUGAUCUUUGCCAUUUUCAUAAUACAGAACAUCUUUACUUGCCCCUCUUACCAUAAGCACACCUGGAUAGUGCAAUUCUGUAAAAUAGCAUUUUAUGCAAAAUUUUAUUAAUGGUUUUACUAGCCAAAUCUAAAUGUACAUAUGACUUUAUUACAGAAUAAUGUCAUUAAGACAAAGGUAAAGAAACAUCUUUGUGCAGCAUACCUUUAUUACUGCAGAUUUCAUGGCAAAAGCUUUAUAUUUCAAAAGCUUUCAAUUUUAAUUUAGAUCUGCAUGCAGCUUUGCUGUGAGAUUCAUACCUAUCUUUGAUGCCAUUUAUGCUGGAAGACAAAUAUCUGUUGCCUGUGAUAUUUAAAAAAGUACUGUUUCUACUCUGUAACUGAUUUUUAAAAAUACAAGUUUUUCAUACCUGGCUUUCAGGUAAUUGACUUUAAAUUCUUAUAAGCAAAGGAUCUGUGUUUUUUCUUGAAUAGACUUCUAAUAAAUUCUGCUUGGAGUACA